AUGGGCUCAAAUUUCCCCUCAGGUUGGAGACGUCUCAGUGUCGGAGUUGUCGGAGGUGGUAUCGGUGGCAUGUCCGUUGCCAUUGCCCUCCGUCGCGCCGGCCACGAUGUAACCAUCUACGAAAAGCACGACUUUGCAGGUGAAGUAGGCGCCUCAGUCUCAUGUGCCGCAAACGGUACACGCUGGCUUCACGAAUGGGGAGUCGACGUAGCGAAAGGAGAUCCGGUCGUGUUAAAGAAGUUGAUCAAUCGUGAUUGGAAGACGGGCGAGCCGGUCAGCGUCUAUGAUUUGGACGACUAUGAAGAGAAAUGGGGAUAUGUUUAUAACAUGUUUCACCGACAAUACAUGCAUGCCAUGUUGAAGGAUUCUGCCUUGGGAGAGGGCAAGGGGACACCAGCAAAGCUAGAAGUGAACCAUCAGUGUCAAAACAUUGACAUUGAAGCGGGCAAGAUUACAUUCACCAACGGUAUUACGGCUCAGCACGACCUCAUCGUCGGUGCAGAUGGCAUCGGCUCAAUUGUCCGCAGCGAAAUCGGCAUACGUCCAGCGAAACGACCAUCCGAGCAGAGUUGUCUCCAUGCCAAUGUCACGACAGAAGAGGCCGUCAAACUUGGACUCGUUGACUACUCGCAGCACAGCGCGCUGGAAUAUUGGGGCGGGCAAGAGGGUAAAUGGGACAAGAUUGUUUUGUCGCCGUGCAACGGAGGCAAGCUUCUAUCAUAUUACUGCUUCUUUCCUCGAUCUGUGGGCGAUUACUCUACACACACUUGGGGAAAUGAUGACAGGCCGGUGGAAGAGUUACUUGCGCCAUAUCCGAAUCUUGAUUCACAAGUGCUGUCACAUUUGAAGAUUGGAAAAGAGAUCCGGCCGUGGCGGCUAUGGGUGCAUGAUCCUUAUCCGUUUAUUCAGAAGAAUAUGGUCUGCUUGCUGGGUGAUGCAGGACACCCGAUGAUGCCCCAUCAGAGCCAAGGUGCUUGCAUGGCCAUAGAAGAUGCUGCUGCGUUGGGAAUUCUCUUCAGCGAAAAGUACUUCAGCGGAGACAUCGGUGAAGCUCUGGCGGUGUACGAUACUGUCAGACUCCCUAGAGUGACAAGGGUGCAGUCAGCGGCUGCAAAGGCAGCAUACAACAUUAACGAGAGAAUUGGAUUCUCACAAAAUAAGAACAUUUCGACAUACAAAGUUGAGGACGAGAAAAAGAAGCUGACCAUUGAAGAGAUGAAUGCAUAUGACAUGUACAAAGAUAUUGAACAGGCUCUGGCAGAGAAGCGUGGAGCUGCAUUCCGUGAAAAGUACAUCCAUGGACUGCCAGUUGGGCUGGAGCUUCCAAGUGGUAUUAUCAUUGGACAAGAGGCAUGA